ACCAAACAUGUACAGGUUCCUCAAACUUAGGAUUCCCAUGCCCUUUUCCUCUGUACUCAGGAUCCGAAGUUUGCUCUUUGAGCCACGCUACUACUCUUAUGUUGCGGAGGAGGAGAGGGUUCACGCUUCCAAGACUACAAAACUUAUCCACCCCAGUGCCAUUGUUCAUCCCAAUGCCGUCAUCGGCGAGGGGGUUUCAAUUGGUCCUUUUUGUUCUGUUAGUUCCUCCGCAAAGCUGGGGAAUGGUUGUCAACUAUAUCCUGGAAGCCAUAUUUUUGGAAGUACUGAGUUAGGGGAUAAUUGCAUCUUGAUGACUGGUGCUGUUGUUGGUGAUGAUUAUCCUGGAUGUACCAACAUUGGAAGCAAUAACAUAAUAGGAUAUCAUGCUGUAAUUGGUGUCAAAUGUCAAGACUUGAAAUACAAGCCAGAGGAUGAAUGUUUCCUGGAAAUUGGAGACAAUAAUGAUAUUAGGGAACAUGCUUCAAUCCACCGAUCUUCAAAGUCAACUGAUAGGACGGUUAUUGGGGAUAGCAAUUUGAUAAUGGGAUCUUGUCAUAUUGCCCAUGAUUGCAAGAUCGGUAACAACAAUAUUUUUGCUAAUAAUACUCUUCUAGCUGGGCAUGUUGAGGUGGAAGACUCUGUUCACACUGCAGGUGCAACUGUCGUUCACCAAUUCUGCCAUCUUGGCUCUUUCUCUUUUCUUGGUGGUGGUUCUGUGGUCUCGCAAGAUGUUCCAAAGUACAUGAUGGUGGCUGGAGAAAGAGCUCAGCUUCGUGGUCUAAAUUUAGUGGGCCUUACUCGAGAUGGAUUCAGCAAUGCAGAGCUCAGGAGCCUUAGAGCAGCUUAUCGAAAGAUAUUCAUGUCUGUUGAUGCAAAUGCUGGGUCGUUUCAAGAAAGGCUUGCAGAAGUGGAGCAGCAUGAAGAAUUGAUUCAUGUUCCUGCUGUACGUGCUAUGUUGCAGUCUAUUCGCGACUCUUUUGCAGAAGAUCGUCGUGGAAUCUGCAAGUAUAGACACUGGAAUGGCUCUUGAAGCAUGAUGAGAUAUCUCAUGCAGUCUCUGCUCAAGUGAAAGCUCAUGUUCAUGUUUCAUUACUGUAUAUCAUGAUUGCUUGCCAGAAGCCCAACGGAAGUUAAUUUGCCGUGAAAUGGUUCUCUUCAUUUGUUAUAAUUUUAUGAAAGAGUUUGUUGUAUUAUUAAGCGCUUGUAGGUAGAGAGAAUUCAUUAUGGGUUUCAAAUUUUGUUUCGGUACUGAAUUGUAUUAUUUUCUCAUCAAUAUAU